AAUCUAUUUAGGUGUCAAUAUGGAUGAUAUGAUGAACGAAGAAGGAAUACCGCAGGCGACGAUUGUGGCGAAAUAUGAAAAAGCACACAAUAGAUCGGUUGUUGGAAUAUGGUCAUUCCGAUUCUGUGGUCAAAUCGGGAUGCUUUCAGUGUCACACGAUUGUUCAAAACUUUGGAUAUUGCAAGAAGAUUCUUCGAACAACAUUUCACUUGAUGAGAGAAUGGUUUUGGCAAAAUGGAGAACUGCAAUUCAAGCAGCUGAUAUUUCUGUUGAUGGAAAAUAUAUGGUUGCCGUUGGAAUGAACUCAAUUGUAUAUGAAGUUGAAUUGGUGAAUACUGUCAAAUCAAUGGCUUUUGAUUUUGGAUAUCUUGAUGCAGUAUUCUGUGCAGUUUCACCUCUUAAAACUGGAUAUGUUACUGCUUCAUAUUCUGGUCAUUUAAAUGAAAUCCAGCAUUCUUCUAAUGAAAUUAUUCGUCAAGAACCGUUCCCAACAGUGAAGCAGAUUAGUUGCUUGAAAUAUAGUCGUGACGCGAAAUAUUUGGCUAUCGGACAAUUGGAUGGUGCCAUCGAAAUGCUAUAUUCGGAAAACUUUAAGAAUUAUCACAAAUACGAAGUUCAUUCGAUGAGAAUCAGAAAAAUCGAGUUUCUUCCUAAUGAGGAGAGAUUUUUGUCAGCUUGUGACGACCGACUCAUCAAAUUGCAUUCACUCAGUGAAUUCACUGAAACGGAUCCAUCUCGAUCUACAAAAGCCAUCCGAGUCUAUUCUGCACAUGACGCUCCAGUCACCGGUCUCACGAUUGACGAGAAAUCUGGAGGAACGAGAUUCGCGAGUUCAUCAGCUUCAUCUCAAAUAUUCAUCUGGCAUAUUGAGAUGACGACUCCGAUUAUGUCAAUCACGAAUGAACAUACUUCAACAAUUUCAGCACUUUCAUUCUCACCAACUAGUCGGCAUUUGUUGUCUGGUGGAGAUGAUGCUAUGAUUCUUAUCUACCGUAUUCCAGGAGUUGGAGAAAAUACUCCAGUGCAUGUUGCAUACUAUCCUCCAGUUGAACAACCCUCCGAUAUAACUGAACCCGAAUCAUCUUCCCAACUUGCCGAAGUACCAUCAGCAUCACCGUACGAUGAGCAUGACCAACAAGAAAAUGAGCCACCGAGCGACUACACUCAAGAAGGAGGACAUGAAUAUUAUCGGUCACAUGAAGAAUACGACGAAAAUGCUCCAGCUGCUCAAUAUCAAGAGUAUAAUCCGUACGCAGAGCCACGAACACCACCACGUGAAGAUGAUGAGGAAAUUGGAAAUUAUGUGUACAACAGUACUACAGAACAUCAGCAAAAUAAUGAAUCUGCCUCUCCACCAGCACAUGAACAAUAUGAUCCAUCGGCCUGAUAAUUUAUUCAGUCGAAUUGUUUUAUUUAUUUUUCUAUUUUUCUCAACUCUCACUGAAAUCUCAAGUUUUUCUUUUCUAUGUUACGCAGUUGCAUUAAAUGAAUAAUUUUAUUUC